AUGGUUAGAACAAGAGGUAGACCUCGUGCCUUAGGUAGUGGUACAAGCAGAGGCAUGGGUCGGGAUGAGCAUGAUGUUGAUGUUCCCCGACGUCGUAGGCCUACCGCUUCUGCCCGUAGGCAACGGGUUCAGGUUGAUGUCGCUGAGGAAGUUCCUCAGGUGACUGAGGAUAUUCCUGAUGUGACAGAGGAUGUUCCUCAUGUGGAAGAGGACAUUCUGACUGCGGACGUAGAUGCUACGGACGUAGCUGCUGAUGGUGCCGAGGGAUCACCUGCUGAGCAUGGUGAGGGAAUCCCUGGUGGGCCACAUGACACAUCAUUGCUAACAUCAUUUGCUGACCAUGUGUUGGUCUCCCACGGUAGGAAAGUUGAUAAAUUUGGGAGUCCAGCGCCUGAGAUUGAAGGCCUAGUUGCUGGCAUCGGAUUAAGUCCAUUGAUAAGGUGUUCUGUGGUCACUGAUGAUCCUGGACUUAUAUCCGCCUUUAUGGAGAGAUGGCAUAGGCAGACCAGCACCUUCCAUCUUCCAGUGGGAGAGUUGACGAUCACACUGGAUGAUGUGGCGUGUCUCCUCCAUCUUCCUAUCAUAGGGGCAUUACUCAGGUUUGAGCCUCUGGGCAUGGAUGAGGCGGUCUUGUUGUUGACGAAGCUUUUAGAGGUAUCUGGCAAUGAGGCUCGAGCUGAGACCUGCUGGAUAUUUGAGUACUUUCCCAGUGUUCAUCAGUGCGUCACUGAUGAUGCAUACGCUGAGACUACCCCACGUGCAUCGACGUGGCUUACGACGAAGGCACACAUGAAGGGGAUCAAAGGAGCGCCGUGCAGGGCAUGUUUAGAUGUUGUGAUGAUCACGAAUUUUUCCUGGUUGCCCUACAGUGAGCACUGGGCAGUUAGGGGCUUCGAGCUUAUUUCAUGCUACCAGGGGCAGCUCAGAUGGGGUCAUGUUGUGGUCUACGUUCGACCAGAGCGGGUGGUACGACAGUUCGAGUACAUCCAAACCAUCCCUCCGCCUCCAGUUACUACUUCGUUGUCGUAUGACGAGAUAGACGAGCGGUGGAUGCAUUUCGGGGACCAUUUAGCACCCGUGGGUGAGAUUUGUGUUGUCCCUGGGUUGCUUGUGAAGGUUGCGAAGCGAUCGCUGAAAAGGUUGGAGCGUGUGCUCAACCUUAGGAUGGUGAUUGCAGGAACAGAGUUACAUGACAUCAUGGAAGAUAUCCUGCGGAUCGCUAAGGGUGAAGCCUCUAGUGGAAGUCUUAGGGCGCGACGUAGAUAG